UACAACAUUCGUCCAUACCCACGCACCAAACCCCGCUGAAGGGGAAAACCUCCCUGGCCUUCCCCCGCACUUCGCGGGCCAACACACGAGGUACAUGGCUAUAAUUUAUCCCUUUAAGCCCAAACUUUCUGCUGUGAGCACCAAAGUAAUUAUAGGAAUAAUAUGGUUGGUGGCUUUUGGACUCGCCUUCCCGCAGUGCUUUUAUGCUGAGAUCAUGAUUGAUAAUGGAAUGACUAAAUGUAUUGUUGCCUGGCCAGAUGAUGUUGGACGGAAACAUCAACUCACGUAUCACAUCAUAGUGAUUGCCUUGAUUUACCUGCUGCCUUUAAUAGUGAUGUUUGUCGCAUAUAGCAUUAUAGGAAUUACUCUUUGGAGUAGUACAGGCCCCGGAGACCACACUAAUAGAGUCUAUUAUCACCAUCAAGUUACUGCCAAAAAAAAGUUUGUGAGGACCAUGGUCAUUGUGAUAACUUUUGCUGUCUGUUGGUUACCUUAUCACCUCUACUUCAUCCUGGGGAGCUUCAGGGAAGACAUCUAUCAGCAAAAGUAUAUUCAGCAAGUAUAUCUUGCAGUCUUUCUGCUUGCUAUGAGUUCUACGAUGUACAAUCCAAUUAUUUACUGCUGCCUUAACCAAAGGUUUCGUUCUGGCUUCAGAUUAGCUUUCCAAUGGUGCCCAUGUAUAAAAGCAACGGAGGGAGACAAACUUAAACUUAUUUACCCAUCAACUUCACAGCUGAUCCGCAACUAGCCAGCCAAACAAAGCUAAUUGAAAAACAGACACACACUGAAACAAGAAACAGAAGACAUCAUUAACCUGCAUGCAUUUAACACUUGGAUUUUUAUUUUGAUGCUCUGGAAUAUUGUUCAAUAUAUAGUCUCUAAAAGAUAGUGUCGUAGAUUUUAGAAGCCUGGGAUCAAUUCUUAAUUGAUUAUUUUGUACCAUGCUCUGCCAGGUGCCAUCAACAUUGAAAAUAGGAUAAGAGUAGUUGGUAUUUAUCGGUUUCAGAGCUGGGUGGAUUUUUUCAGCCAACCCUUUCCUCCGGCUUCCCAUCAAAAAAUGCAGGUUUGAGUCAAUCAAAACAUAUCACAAAUUUAUGUGGAUUUUGUCAAAUUGUUUGAGCUGAAACAAACAAAAAAUAUGUUGGAAAUGUCUAAGUAGGUUGUUUCAGCAAUAGUGAGACAGAGGGGAUUUAGGCAUCAUUCACAAAAUGGAGAUGAUGGCAGGAGCAAUGGUACCCUUAUACCCAGUAGUUAGGGCACUCACCUGGGAUGUGGGAGAUCCCACGUUUGAAUCCCAGCUCUAGAGAAGGGAUUUGAACCCAGGUCUCUCCCACCAACAUGUGAGUAGCUACCAGGCUCUACAAUCAUUCUCUUGUGUUCUCUCUCUCAUUCUGUCUGGCUAGUCAAGUAUUUCAUACAAAGUGGGCAACCAGUUGCCUGGUGUUUAGCUGAGAGAAAGCAAACCUGGGUUCAAGUCCCUGUUCCAGAGUAGGGAUUCAAACCUGGUUCCCUAGGUAAGUGCCCUAGCCACCUCCUCCUCUCUUCUGUGACUCUAGCCCCUCACUUUCUUUGCCUUUAUCCAAAUUAAAUAAAUAAAUUGGUUAAAAUGCCUGAAAUCAAAACAAAAAUUUCAUUUUGUGUCAAAUAAAACAUCUCCUUUGCUCCAAAACAAUUUUUCUGAAUUUCUCCAUACACCAAAAAUUCUAAAAAAAUUCAGUCUUGGUUUGACCUAAACUGAAUUUGGUUUUGAUAUUUUUAAACUUCCAGUGUUACUGAAAAAUCAAUUAUUCACACAACUCUACUUGCACCAUGAUACGGCGCCCGUAAGCUGUACAGACACGUAUUUUCCAAAUACCAUCUUCGACUUAAGAAUUUCAUAUCAGCCCAUCCCAGGAUUGAAAAUCAUAAUAGGGAAGAAUUCAAUUAAAAAAAAUAGAAAUAAAUAAAUUGGGUUAACAAAAGGGUUAAAUAAAAAAGUCCUGAUGGAAAUGUCCUUUCUUUUUCUGUUCUUUAAGAAACUUUUCUAUGGAAAAUAACCAACCUACAGCUAUAGGUCCCAGUUCCACAAUCAGAUCCAUUCAACUGUACUCUCACUCACACAGAUCAGGAGUACACCCACACAGAUGAGAUUACAGGAUUGGGCCAUAGGACAUAUUUAUAACUAAGACAA